AUGACAGAAGUGACAACAACUGCAACUGCAACAACAGAAACAGAAGUGUCUACGACGGCUGAAAUGAAUGCCACGAUAGAUUCAUCGCAGUUAAGGAGUACCGAGCCCAAGAGAGUGAAAGUUUACGUUUUAGAAGAUAAUGAAUGGAAAGAUACUGGGACAGGUUUUUGCAUUGGAGAAAUCAAUCACGAACUUUCUUCAGAAUCAAAAGAUGAAAAAGAUACUGCCUUUUUAAUUGUUACUGACGAGGAAUUUCCUACUAAUGUAUUGUUGAAGUCCAAACUUGAAGGGAAUAUUGAAUAUCAACGCCAAGAAGAAACUUUAAUUGUUUGGAAAGAUCUUUUGGGUCAUGAUAUUGCAUUAAGUUUUGAAGAAAGUAUUGGAUGUGACUCCUUAUGUGAAUUUAUUGUCCAGGUACAAAAGAAAGUGGAAAAUAAUAUCUCAUUAGUGGCUGUCAAGUCAAAUGAUAAUGGAGUAGGUUCAGUGCACGAGAUCAUAACUGGUCCUGUAGUAUUACCAAAUUGUGAACCUGAACAAGAUUUUGAUAAGCUAAUGGAAUCCUUAAAGAUAUUAAAUGAAAAUACUGCAUUUGAAUUUUUGAAAAAUGAAACUAUAGAAUUUGUCUUACAAUCUCAUUACAUCGACAUCCUGAUUACCCAUUUCCAUAAGGCAGAAAAGGAACACUUAAUAAAGGAUUUAUUUUUAUUGAGUAAUAUCAUAAAGAGCUUAAUCCUCUAUAACCAGAGAGAUAUUCUGGAACAAAUGGUGGAAGAUGAUAGAAUUAUGGGAAUUGUUGGUAUUCUUGAGUAUGAUACCGAAUUUCCUUCUUCGAAAGCAAAUCAUAGAGAGUGCUUGAAAUCAGGUGAUUCUAAUUUUAAAGAAGUUAUACCGUUGGAAAAUGAAGAUUUGAAAUGUAUUAUUAAGAAAUGUUUUAGACUACAAUUCUUAAAGGAUGUUGUUUUAGUAAGAUUUUUAGAUGAUCACAACUUUAACCUUAUUAUUGACGUGAUACUGGAUUUAGAAACGUGUAUCAUUGAUUUCUUACAAGUUGACCCGUUCCUGGAUAAGAUACUGGCCCUUUAUCGCGACCCCCCUAACCAAUUAGAUCAAUCACAAUUAGAACUGCGGAAAAAUGGUAUAAAAUUAAUCCACCAAUGCAUUCAAGUUUCCAGAAAUUUAGAACCACUAGAUAAAUCAAAAUUCUUUAAGACUUUGGUUAGGAAGGGUUUAUUUAUUGCCUUAGAUUACGCAUUCAAUAUUGAAGCAGACAGUAAUAUUCGAAUUUUGGCAACAGAUAUGAUAAUAACGAUAAUCGAGCAUGAUAUAUUAUUGAUUCAUAACGUCCAAAUUGAAAAUAAAAUUAAACCUGAUGUGGAGAAUGAGAAGAAACUGUCAUCCCCUUCAUUAUCGUCAAUAUCUCCAGACAUGCCUCUGUUGCUGAUAUUAUCAACGAUACUUCUUACAGAUAAGAAUCCGGGUUUGAGGGAACAAGUUGUUCAGGCGUUAAAUACAUUGUUACAUCCUGAAGGAUGUAUUGCCGGUGGUCCUGACAUGGAUCUAUUGGAUGAACAAACUUCAAAUAAUUUAGACAUGCUAUCUGAUGAUUUGGACGAUAGCUUGAACACGAUAAGUACUAGAAAGAAUGCCACACAAGAAAAUUCCGAUAUCGGAAAGAACUCAGAGUUUCAAGUACUGGAAUAUUUCAACAAUUUUUAUAGAGAAAUUGCUCCAAUACUUUUCAAACCAUUGAUGAGCAAUGCUGAGACAGAGAGUACACACGAUGAUAUUCUUUUGAUCCAUCUUGUGAAGUUGAUUUCUUUUAUCUCAUUAGAACAUAAUAGAGCCACGUCUAGGAAAUUUAUCCUUGAGAAUGCCAUAUUGAAAAAUAUAGCAAAUUUGAUUACCGGUAACCACAUAUUACAGUUGAAAUUGACAUGCAUUAGAUUUCUUAAGAAUGUCUUAUGCAUGGAUGACAAAUAUUACCAUAGAUACAUGAUAUCAAACAACCUCUAUGAUCCGAUCAUCUCGUUAUUGAAGGAUAAUAUCACUGAGGACAAUUUAACAAAUUCCUGCAUUCAAGAUUUCUUCAAGAUAAUAUCUUUACAAUGUUCGCAAUCUGAAAGAACUGAAUCAGAUGACUACAAUGGAUUAAAUGGAUUAAACGACCCGACUAAUGACCCUGUUCUUGGUUAUAAGAGAACCAACUUUACUAUGUUGAAUAAAUAUCUUUUAGGACGCUAUGGAGAACUAAUUGAGCGCUUACAAGAUAUUCCAUUUAUUAAGGACAUGAUCGAGUUCAACAAAACUCAACUUAUGCUAGAGAAUGCAGAAAAGGAUGAUUUCAACGAAAAAGACGAUAUAGCAAUGAACUUGACAGAACUUCGGAGUAAUGAUACCAACAUCAAUGAGUUAAGGAUAGGUGAUAAACGUUUACAUUCAGAAUUGGAUUCAUCUAAUUCCAAUGGGAAUCUUAUUUUAAGUAAAUCCAUUGAUUGUAACACAAAGGAAAAUGACAACGUUUGA